AAAUAACGUCAAUCAUCAUUAGAAAAUUGCCUUUAUCGCAUAAAUCUGACUACGAAUGCUAAAAAAAAUAGAAAAUCAAAACAAGUCGUUCUCUUCAUUCUUUACAAACAAUUUAUACAAAAAUAGGACAGCAAAGCCAACAAUUGGAGGAAUAUUGAACGUUCAGUUCACAAAGCCAUGGAUAUUUGUGACGACGAUUUCCUGCCGCAUUUUAAUGACGACAUUGACGACAAAGUGUUGAGUGGACAAUAUGACUACACCCACAAUUUCUUGCCGUCAUCCAUUAAACUGGAAAACAAUAUUUUCGACAAUGAUGACUGCCUAUUGCCUACACUUGGUCCACCUGAAGACCUUUUCGACAAUACAUUCGGGCCCGUGCACAUUAAUCCCGACGACUUUUUCACCGAUAUGUACAAGAGCGAUAUAGAAAUUAAAAGUGAAUCGAGCAGCUCAACACAUCGUGACACGCCCUCCCCAUCGAUCAGUUCUGGAUCGUCAGAUCUGAGCGAAUUUCGCAUUGAUAUGCCGAACACUAUCGAUACACCACCUAUUUCACCGGAAUCGUUUCAAAAUCACACGCAGCCAGUUACAAAUCGCAACAUAAACAUAUUGCAAGGAACGUUGAUACCGAUAACGACCGGUAUGCUCACACAAACGUCCACAACCUAUUCGAAUUUGAAGAGAGUGAAGAUACAACCGAAACCGAUUUCGAUUGGGAAAGAUGGCAGGAAAACGCAUGCCAGAACCAUUGUCCUAUCGGCGAAUGAUUAUAAGGCAUUCAUGCAAAAGCAGAAAACCGAACCGGACAUCAAAUCGAUAAUCAUCAAAACAACACCAUUAACAACAGCAUCGGCUAGCGAAAAGAUUUCAUCACAGAUGCUUGUACAACCGCAAUUCCCAGAAAUGAAGCCACGCAACGUUGGUGUCUUGAAUACACUUGUAAAGCACGAGCUAAAUGAGAAAAUUUUGAAAAAGCAGCAGCGAAUGAUCAAGAAUCGUGAAUCGGCCUGUUUGUCUCGCAAAAAGAAAAAGGAAUACGUGACAUCGUUGGAGAGCCAAAUUUCAACUUUAUCGAAGGAGAAUCAAAAGCUUAAAACGGAAAACAACUUCUUAAAAAGUCGAUUGUCACAAUUGGAUAGCAUGGUGUGCAAGUGUCGCAAUUUGACUGCAGUCAAAAAUGUUUUUGGACCUGCGAAUAAGAAAAAUGCGGUUUUCAUGUUGGCUUUCGUUUUCAUGUUUGCGGUCAAUUUCGGUCCACUUGGAAAACUUCUAUCCCCAAGUAUUUCCAACAUAAACGACGGCAACAUAAACGAUGGCGGGUCCUACAAUCAUCACAGUCGAAAUUUGCUCUGGGUGGACGAUAAUCUUGCCAAUAAUGUGACCAUAAUGUUCAACGAUAGCUCAAUAACAAUGGACUCAGACGCUAAGCCCGCUACUGUUUACCCAACCUGUCCCAUCAAUAUUAAUCAAACCGAAAGUAUUCGACUAGCUAGUGAACUUCGUCGCUGGAUCGGCGAUUUUCCCCUGUAUCACAACAACAGCAAAGUCUUGCCAAACGACAACUUUAAUUUGGACUCGAUUUCGGAUUAUUUCCUACCCGAUUCGACGAUAACAUCACUUCUGACACAAAUGAAAAAUGCGAAAAAUUAUUUUAAGAAAAAAACGCGACGUCGUAAGACCGAUCCCAUUGGAAAUGGGGAAAGUGUUUCGAAGAAGGGCAUCGAACCGUUUAAAAGUAAAAUUCAAGUCUACAAUACGGAGUACAAACAUGGAAAAUACGCAGAAUUUUUUGAAGAAAUCGGAAGACAGGACGACACAUUUUAUGUGGUUUCGUUUACCGGUGAUCAUUUACUCUUGCCGGCUCUGGCACAUAAUAAAACAUUUAGACCAAAAAUGUCUUUAAUGCUGCCAUCGGUCAAUAUCAACGGAACCGUGUCGUCUGAUCACGUAACACUGAUGCAAAUCGACUGUGAAGUGAUCAAUACAUCGUUGAUUCGCAUCAAAGAGAGUCUUAUACCGACACAUUUGCGUGGUAAACCGGAAUCGAAUGUUACGUGUUCGGAUAGUGGACGGAAUGUAACCGAUUUACCGGAUUUGAAAUACAAUUCCAAUGAAUUCAAGCAAAACGACCUAAAGUCUGUGGAAAGUGCACGGUCAUUUCUAUUUCCGCAGAAACCGUAUUUUACAAAUAAUUCGAGUGAUCGCCGCAGCCAGGGCGACAAAAAGUGAUUUUACUUCGGCAAUGUUUUUUAAGUAUACUUUUAAGUUAAGUGUGAUAGUAGCAACAUAUGCGUAAGUUAAGACACACAAUUCUGGAUUAUCUAUAGUUGAAGUGUUCUCAUAGUUUUAAUUCCUUCGUAGCUAAGCUAGCUAAUUGUACAAAAUUCGUUUUACACUUAUUUAAAACCACCUAUCUACUUACAUUAAGUCGAAACUUACAAAAAUGCAAUAAAUUUUGUGUUAUUAAUGAAA